UUUAGGUGUAGUGGGAUUGUGGCUGCAGCCCAGCGCUGUCAACUCAACGGCAUGCCGUCAAUGAUACAUCUUACGCAGGCGCAGAACACCCAGACACUAGGCUGGGACUUCGUUAGCUUGGGACGGGAGAGGCGUCGGAACGCCCUUCUAUCCACCAAGGCGACAACCUUGAGUCUGCCCGAAUGGAAGACACCCAACAGCACGAGACCCGUUGGAAAACCUUUUGCGUCUUGCCGAAAAUCUUAACCACUUCGAGAAUUUCACGGGCGGAGAAGCGUUAGCUGCUGGCCGUCAUGGUGGUGAACACACUAUCGGGAUACAAUCUGCCUUUGGGGUGCGAAGGUGUCAUACCGAAGGCCAUCCGAGAUUUUCGCACCCGGGGGUCCUCCGUGGCCGCUCAGCGUUGCCCUGGUUGGUGGUGUUGAAGGGCAGUCACUUGAUGGCGGCCUCCUUGCAACAUGUGGCACCAGGAGAGCUGACAGUGUGUUGUCACAAAGCGGUCGUGCGACUCUUAUCCCUUAAGCAUAGCCGUCGACACGUGGGCAACAACAAGCGAGCAACGGGAAGGCGGAUGGCUUGAAAUCUUGGAGGGUGAGGGUGUGUUGGUGCCUGGACGGUACCUGAACCAUGUCCUUCUUUCGCCUAGUUGAGCGGCACUGACUGCGGCAUUUUCACGGCGGGCCCUCUGUGAACUCCCAAUCGGCGAGCUUUGGUGCCUGAGAUAGUGCUUGUCCCGGAGGACCCUGGUCAGGAUGGUGUCGAGCGCUGGGAUUGGUGCAAAGUCCACCAACGCAACCUGCAUUAGCUCGAGACCACUUAUCCUUGUGGCGUUGCGCUUGAAGUUCCAUUGGCGGCUCCGGGAUGGAUAUGCAAAAUGCAACAAGCCCAUCGUUUUUCCUCAGCAUGGGCAAAAUCAACGGUUCCACCCCUUUGUUGCCCAGACUCGACACGACACACGUCUUGGGGCGGUCCCAUUGUCGCCCACAGAUUCUGCCAGCUGGUGGACACUACGGAGGUUGACUCUGGACUACUGAUGACCCGGGGACCCCCGUCCACCCAGGGUGGCACUCGCAGUGGCCUGGACAGGCGCCGACAAAGACGCAUGGACGAAAAUCUCUGCCCGAUGCAGGAGGACCCAUCGUGUGGUGCCAGGGCCUCUGGAGUUGAGAUGCUGUGGGCGCAUCGAGGUUUGUUGAUGUGGACAAGAAGGGACCGUGUCGAAAUUACUUAAACCCACGGCCCUUCUCUGUUGUUGCUUUUCGCUUUACGGAACCAUUCGUGUCAAUCCUUCUUUCCAGCCUCCUUCUCUUACGACUCUCGAGCAGGUCUCUGAACAGCAUCAUUCCUUUGCUGCAAGAACCUUUUUGUGUCGACAAACCCACCCACUCCUAUACAGGACCAACCCAACAUCUCUGAAUCUUUCGGGAUAUCACUCUCUACGAGUAUCAACUUUUCAACCAGUCAAAAUGCAGUUCAAGAACAUCAUCUCUGGCGCAGCCGUGCUGCUUGCCUCUGCUCCUGCCGUCAUGGCCGUUGGCUCUGCCACCGUUGUCAACAACUGUGGAUUCCCCAUCUACUACGCUUCCGUCGGCCAGGACUACAAUGCCAACAUGCAACAGCUCCAGGGCAGCUACACCGAGAAGUACAGCCAAGAGGGCGUCGGUAUCUCCAUCAAGCUGUCUCCCAAUGCCACCACCAGCGGCCCUGUCUCUCAGUUCGAGUUCACCUGGGCUGAUGGCAAGGUCUCGUAUGAUCUGUCCAACAUUGACGGCUAUCCUUUCUCUGCCGGUGGUAUGGAGAUUGUCCCUUCCAACCAGAACGAUGCCAGCAACCCUACCUGUGUUUCUGUCGACUGCCCUGCCGGUGAAACCGUCUGCACUGCUGCCUACAACGCCCCUGACGACACCCGCACCAUGGUCUGCGAUCAAGACACCAACCUGGUCUUGACCAUGUGCCCGGGUAGCUCCAGCAAGCGUGAUGUCGAGUCCACCAACGCUGGCCACGUCCACUACCGUGUCCACGCUCGACACCUGCCUACUCGCGCAUAAGCUGAAUGACCGGAUAACGAAACAAAAGACCCAGCAAGAAUGACCUUGUCUUGACACGAAAGUUUUCCAUCCUUUUUCUUCCUUGAGCGCAGCUAGUUCUGCAGCCUUUGAAUGAAACCCUUAUUGUCGCCCUCCGACCAACACCCUUUUUACGCUGCCUGCAAAUACGCUCGUUUACGGCAUGCUCCAUGAGUCGACACAUGGACAUGUCAUCACCCUUGCAGGAUCAGUACCCGAUCUCGACGAUCACUCUUCAACAUCAAACCUCCAGGGCGGCAAUACACCUCCGUGGAAUACUUUUUCAAAUCAUGACUAUACGACAAACAUCAAGAAAGGUCAUUCUAGACUUGCUGGGCUAUGAACCAAUUCAACAAACUUCUCAAUUCUUCAGAAACUUCUUUGGUGAUCUCCGAUCAAGACGAAAUGAACGAAAGGAUGCACAAGUCACGCGAACCCAUGUCAUGAUUCCCUCAAAUGACCAUGAUAAGCGAAGCGAAGCAACGGCGAUGGAUGGAGCAUACACAUGCUAUUCCGGGGUUUGGCCGGAUAGCCUUUUCUUGAUUUUAUUUUCCUUUUCUAGCAAAAUUUAUCGACACGACUUCGGAGGUAUUUUGUGGAUGUUCAAGUUGGGUGCGUGUGUGUCUUGACCAGAUGCCCAGCCCAAUUUAGUCUCCACAAGACCAAAAACCCCGUCGCGUGUGCAGAUGGUGGGAGGAUAAACAUUCUUUACGAGCUUCACCUUGCUCGAUCGUCCCCGGACUUGCAAAUCUCCGGGGUUGAUUUUGGCAGAGGUGUUGCUCCAGUAUAUAGACUUUCGCUUCUUGAUCACACUCUAGGGAACAAAUAGAUGAAAAAGCACUUUGUUGCAUGAAAACUAUAAACUUGUUUCUCACUGUUUUUGAUCAUUGCAAUCUGCCCUGGUGGUGUCGUGUUGUGGUGUGGUUGUGGUGUGGUGUUUUUUGAUUAUGUUGACAACGGAGAUUAGGUUCCGUAGCUAUACCGGACCUUGAUGACGACGCCUGUCUUCUACUCAACGCGGGGCCUAAUUUUCAAUUUCUCCCGCCUCGAAUCGAGACAAUUUACUACUACUACUGGGACUGGACCGUAAUUGCAGCUGAGCAGACCAGACCGGACCAUUUUGCAUCGUAUACUUCAAGGACCUUAGGUCGGGUCGGUGGCUCACCACUGUCCAUUUCGCGGACAUCCCAUCCCUUGCAGUGCUGCUCUCUGUCGUCUGUUUCCGGGCGCCUCCCCCGCCAUCCGAUGUAUGCAUGACACAGUUUACAUGGGUGGAUGGAUGGAUGUACGUACAGCAGGUGGUUGGGCAGUCCAUUAUUUAUUGAUAGAUUGAUUGAUAGCUUGACAUGUCACAGAACUUGAAUUGGUGAUGGGAGACGGCAGACGACGUCUCGAGGCGCCCGGCCCCCAGCCGGGUGUCUUGUUGCGGUGACUGCAGUGCCUACGUAAGCUAUGCAUCUACAGUAUCAACAGAAUAGUAUCUGGUCAUCCAUCCCC